AAGAAGCUGCAGCCAUUAGAGGUCGGGUGUGGGGCUGAUAUUACAGGGGCUACGGUACAGACCUCACAUUCAACAUGAGAACCCCAAAUAUCCUGUAUAUUCUCCUGGUAUACCUGACAGGGGCAGAUGCGCUGAGGGUCACUAUGAGUAGACCACGGACUGAAGCACUGCGAGAGGAGGAUGUGACCAUACCCUGUGAUAUCUCUGAUGUUAGAGCAGGUGGAAAAAUUGCAGUACAAUGGACCAGGAAAUGGAAUCAAAUUAUAACCACAGUGUAUCCGAACAUUCCUGGAAGUGUACACUCCUAUAGGGCGGGAUCUUACGUGGUGGAGAGUGAACUAGAAAAAGGAAACGCUGAGCUCCACAUCCCAAGUGUCCAGUUCUCUGAUGAAGGAGAAUAUAAUUGCUCUGCAUUUGUCACCCCUGAUAAAGUCACUGGGACAUCCGUUCUGCAGGUGUCUGCUCGUCCAUCUGCUUCGCUGACCCCGAGAGAUAUCAGCGUCCUGCUGGGAACAGAGAGAACAGUCAUGUGUGCGGCCACCAAUUUCUACCCCCAGCCUGUGACCAUACGCUGGUUCCGACACAAUAAAGGUUCCCCUGGCUGCGUGGCCUUGGAUCGGGGAAUCUGCACCGCUGACCCAGUUACUAAUGGAGAUGACACGUUUAAUGUUACCAGCCACCUGACGUUACAUCCUACAUCUAUGGACGAUGAUGGGAAUGAAUAUUCGUGUACCGUGUCUCACAGGUCUCUGCAGAUGGAUCUGGGGAAUAAUUUUACCCUGACGGUAACAGAGCAAGAAGAUAACAUUGGUGCAGUUGUUGGAGCUGUGAUUGGGACACUUAUCUCUACGUUACUUCUGGUUUCAGGCAUUUUUCUUUACUGGAAACUGUUUGAGAAAGACCCUCCCAUUCUUUCUGAGAUUUCGGGGAAUGAGCAGAUGAUUGACAUGGCCAGGACCACCCUCACCUGUCAGAUCACGGGCUUCAGGCCCAAUGACAUUAAAAUCUCUGUACGUCUGAGACGAGGAGAGACGAGGAUGGAUAUACACACCUGGAAAUCCAGAGAUCACAUUCCCCCAGCCCGCAUGACGAGAGAUGACAGCACUGGGGGUGACCGUGUGGUUAUAGAUGUAGAGGAACAGCAGGGGCUGGUUAAUGGGGCUGCAAAUCACCAGGAGAGACCCCUACAGCUAGAACUGGUUCCUGUUAUAAAGACCAGCAGACUUGGUACUUCCAGCUGUCAGUGUUCUAUUCAUAUAACCCCUAGCUUUGCUGAUAACGGAGCAGAACUGUCUGUACAUGUAGAACACCCGGCUCUGAGGUCACCGAUCUCUGUACAGAGAACACUGAACGUCAUUGGAGUGGCUCCUAAACUGUUAACAAUAAUGUCUCCUGAGCGUCUGAUACAUGAUGAGCCAGUGACGCUGACUUGUCCCAUUAAUGGAUAUAAACCCAGAGCUCUGUCUAUCACUUGGCUGAGGAAGGAUCAGAGCCAGGAAACAGAACUUGUAACGCGGGAUGGUACAGGAACCAGGAUUCUGGAUAACAGAUACUCACACACUGCGCAGGAGAUUGAGCACGAUGAUAAAUCUUACAGCUGUAUAAGUGCUUUAAGGAUUAAACCAAAUUUGACUGAAGAUCAUGGAGUGAAAUAUAUUUGUAGAACCCAUCACCCUGCCACAGGACAAACUGCAGAGCAAAUACUGGAUAUGGAGGUUACCGCUCGCCCUGUGCUGGAUACAAUACAGAGGACACAGAACUCUCUCUCUGUCGGUGACCAGAUGGAUCUGUCAUGUAGAAUUCAUUCAUUUUCCCCAUCACAGAUCACAGUUACAUGGUACAUGGAAGAUGAGAAUGUGAUACCCUCACACACCAGUAACGUCCUCACUGAACCAAAUGGCCUGUUUUAUGUCACCAGUACUAUGGAAUUCCACCCGACAAUAAAGGAUGCGGGGAAGAGAUUCAGGUGUGAAGUUCUACAUGACAGUCUUGUAGAGCCUAGAUAUAUCACGUAUACAUUGUGUGGCCUGAUGUCCGCACCCAGUGUUAGUGAAAUAACGUGUGACCCUGUCUAUCCUGAGAUUGGGAAACCAGUGACGUUAUCCUGUACAGUCAGUGACCUCUACCCUAAGGAAUAUGGAGUCCGAUGGUAUAUGAGUGGGAGUGUAUUUACUUCUGGAGAACGUAAAGAAAACAUCCAACAAGACCAGGAAUCUGGGAUAUUCUCUGGAACCCUAGAGCUGACGCUCACACCGACUACUGAGCACCAUGGGGCUGAAUUCCGCCUGGAUUUCAUUCGUGAACAUAAGACUGUUAAAAAGACAUUUGUCAUGAAUCUUAAAGGGAAUCCCAUACUUCGUAAAAUCACCAGUGAUCCUAAUAAAGCCAGCUAUGGGAAGCCUCUGACUCUCCGCUGCAGUGUGACUGGCUGUAAGCGUGGUGACAUAACGGUGGACUGGUUAGAGGAUAAUAAGACGCUGGGGAGACACCGGAGAACAGCCGCACAAGUCAGUGUGGAGGUGGAUACAAUACACUGUACACUGACUAUAACACCCACUGCUGAGGACUAUAGGAGGAUCUUCAUGUGUAGUGUGAAACAAAAGGAUACUCCAACAGCAUUCAGCGAAAAGAUCUGUUUAACUCUCCCAGAUAUUCCACCCUCAUUAUCAACUAUUGUUGUCCAUCCGGCGAUGCCUAAAGCGGGGAAGGACGUCUCACUUACAACAACGAUAUCUGGCUUCUCCCCAAAAGACAUUAUAGUGCGAUGGUAUAAAGGAUUUAGCACGUUUCCCAAUAGCGCUGAGACAUCAUCAGAUCUGCGGAUUGGGGAAGACAGUUUAUAUACUUGUUCUAGCACCCUGAGAUUUACUCCUGAGCAGAGUGACCAUAACACGUCCAUCCGGUGCGAGGUGACACAUGCGGUCACUAAGACCGUCAGACAGAUACAUUAUGAUCUAUGCCUCACAGGCGUACCUGACCCUGUAGUUGGAAGCAGACACUCAUCACAGAGACCAAGAGCUGAAAGGAAACCCUUUACUAUAAGAGGAAUUGAGUGUCUGACGGACAGCCCCCGAGUGGGUGAUGAUGUCACACUUAGAUGUAACGUUGAUGGAUGUAACGCGGAUGACUGCGAGUUCUCCUGGUAUAAUGGAGCAUAUCCUAUUGAGGGUAACACAGAAAACGGAGACCUGGAGGACGGUUCCGGCAGCUUCUCCACAGUCACCUUCACAGCGGAGAAAUCGGACAGGAGUUGUACAGUCAGAUGUGAGGCCUGUUAUAACUAUCAGACAAUCGAGGAAACUUUCACUCUGAGACUGGGGUAAUAGGACACGAUCUAAUAAUUAUGACAAGAACGAGUUAUAUCUACCUCUGUACAACGUUCUGUGCUAAUGGUGGAAUCUCGUUACAGUAUCAGGAUAGAGAGUACCCGGAUCAGGGAUUAUAGCAGUGGUUCCCAAACUGUGUGCCUAGGAACCCUGGGGUGCCUCAGGACACUUGCAGGGGUGCCCUGGGUUGGUGGUCCAGGACCAAUUCAAAUUAGUUAUGGUCAAUGUAAUAUACAAAGAAAAAUGGAAAGUGGUGGGCGCAACACCAUAUAAUCUUACAUAUAAGAAAACGAUGGACUGAAGGAUUCUCUCUUAGUCCGACAGCAAGGGCUUAGUGGGUCUGAAGUGAAUUCUCUCUGUAUGUCUUCUCAAGGUAUGGUUUUUAUCUCGGUAUGAAGAGACAAAUCAUAGAACAGACCAGUUUGACAAAAGACAACAGAUUUAUUCACACUAAGCACUCACAAUUUGACAGUUAAAACGAGCAUGUAACCACAUGUGAAGUGGAUGGGGCUAGCUGGCAUCUGGUACUCCAAGUUACCCUCCCAAAAGGUACAGGAAACUCUGGAAUCCACAGCACAUCAGGAGAAGACGACAGUCCAGGUCAAACAGCUAGAGCCCUUCACAAUCUAGCGCCACCAGCUUCACGCGUUUCGGACUAUACAAGUCCUUCCUCAGAAGCAUGGUGCACAGUAUGCAGUAUAUGGUGGGAGCAGUAUAUGAAGGAGGGGGUGCCAUGUAUAUAUGGGGCACUAUAUGGAGGGUGCAGUGUGUAUAUAGGGGUAGUAUUUGGUGGGGAGUGCAGAAUAUGGAAAUGCAGUGUAUACAGAGGCAGUAUAUGGUGGGGGGCGCAGUGUACAUGGAGGGGGGGUGUCCGUCCGUGUCCCAAACGGCGGCACCACUGAGGUGAGGAGCAGCGUUAGGCUUUUCUACAUAUAGAUAUUCCUAUUAAUUCAACAGUAAGUGGAAAUCAAACGAAAGGAUAGAAAAUCCAGUCAAUUUUGAAUAUGAAAGAUCGUUAGAAAUGGUAUUGGCUGGUUUAAACCACAUUUUUUUUUUUCAUUACAAACCACAAUUUUUUUUUAUUAUGCUGUCAGUACAAGCACGGCACCGUGACUUAUUAUAAAAAGCCUAUUAUACAAAAAAAAUCGUGUUUUUAUGCUGAAUGUUUAAUGCCACGUGCUUAUGCUUAACUCAACGUGUGUGUGUGUGUGUGUGUGUGUGUGUGUGUGUGUGUGUGUGUGUGUGUGUGUGUGUGUGUCUCUGAAAAGUGUUUUUGGCAUUUUGUAAUACUAUUCACAUUUUUUUAAUUAUAAUAAGCAAGACUAAUGCUUAACAUUAACUUGUUCUUAUUUUCAAUUUCAUCUAUAUAUGAGUGUACUUUGUAUGUAGUAAUAUGGGUUCCGGUAUGAAUGGUCGACCAUAAUGAAUGGUCGACAUUGACAUGGUCGACAUGGACACAUGGUCGGCACAUGAAAAUGGUCGACACAUGAAAAGGCCGACAUGAGUUUUUUUACUUUUUUUGGUGUCGUUUUUUGCGUGAAGUGACUGGGAACCCCAAUUAGUGCACCGCGUCCCCUCGCAUGGCUCGCUUCACUCAUCAUGCUUCGGGCAUGGUGCCUUCGCUUCGCUCGGCACAGAUUACCGUUCCAAUCGCAGUCCACGUGGAUUGUAAAGUAUGGAAAAGUUCCCCAAAAGAUUUUUUUUUUAAAACCGCAUGUCGACCUUUCAUGUGUCGACCUUUCAUGUGUCGACCAUUUUCAUGUGUCGACCAUGUCAGUGUCGACCAAUAGUGGUCGACCUAAUGACUGUCGACCAUAACAUGGUCGACCAUGUGAACAGAUACCAUUAAUAUGUUGUCUAUCUACAUAUACAGUAUUCAAAUGUAAUAGGAAUAAGAAGUAAAAAAUGGUUUUAUUGAAAUAUGUAAAAUAAACAAAAUUGAAGCCUAAUAUCAUUAUUAAUGUUAGAAAGGAUUAACACAGGGUGGAUCGAGGUUUCUAAUAAAUGAUUCACUGGUUUUUUUCAUUACAACAUUAAUGCAAAAAAAAAUGUUUAAACAUAAAAACGGUUUAAACCAAAAAAAAAAAGCAUUUUAUGUUUUUUGUUUUUCUUUCAACUGUUCCCCCCCCCCCCCCCCCCCCCCCCAACCCUGCUAAAAACCUACCCCUACCAGGGACGUCCGGGGAGGUAGAUGGCUCAGGAGGCACUAACAAGCACCAGAGCCAGAUUUACACACAAUAUACAGUAUGAGCCAAAGGGUUCAUGUUUUGACUAUAAAAAUUAUUAGAAUAAUACAAAGAAGAUAUUUUUAACAUAGUCUUUGUAUUUUUCAUAUAAUUUAUAUAGUCAAAACUCUGGCGCAAAUGUUAGUAUGACAGGAAAGGCCCCACACUCUCUCUCUCCCCAGCACCCUCUCUGCAUAUGCAGCAAGUUUGAAACAGUCUGAUCAGUAUUUUGAAUUACUUAGCAGCAGUCUGUAACAUCUCUCUGCACUAUCACUUUCAGCUGUGACAGCUUGCGGCACACAAAGGAUUCAUUUGGUUAGUUGGGCGGCCCCUAGUGGCCAUAGUGCAUAUAACAGAGGUGAUAUUAUGAACACGCUCAAUAAUAAUUUUUUCUUCAAUAUAUGAGAUAUUAUCUAUGGUGGUCAUUCCGAGUUGUUCGCUCGGUAUUUUUCUUCGCAUCACAGCGAUUUUCCGCUUACUGCGCAUUUGCGAUGUCCGCACUGCGACUGCGCCAAGUAAAUUUGCUAUGUAGUUAGGUAUUUUACUCACGGCUUUUUCAUCGUUCUGGUGAUCGUAAUGUGAUUGACAGGAAGUGGGUGUUUCUGGGCGGAAACUGUCCGUUUUAUGGGUGUGUGUGAAAAAACGCUACCGUUUCUGGGAAAAACGCGGGAGUGGCUGGAGAAACGGAGGAGUGUCUGGGCGAAAGCUGGGUGUGUUUGUGACGUCAAACCAGGAACGACAAGCACUGAACUGAUCGCAGAUGCCGAGUAAGUCUGGAGCUACUCAGAAACUGCUAAGAGAGGUCUAAUCGCAAUAAUGCGAAUCCGUUGGUCGCAAUUUUAAGAAGCUAAGAUUCACUCCCAGUAGGCGGCGACUUAGCGUGUGCAAAGCUGCUAAAAGCAGCUUGCGAGCGAACAACUCGGAAUGAGGGCCUAUAUCAAUAUUUUAUGAUUCUUGAAAACUGUAAGGUCAUUCUGAGACCGUAUUUACUGUGUUGUUUUUUUUGUCUUGUGUCUUGUGUUUUGUUUUUUUUCUUCUUUUUUUAUGUGGUUUCUUUGAUGUAAUGUGAAAACAAUCAAAAAUAAU